AUGCCAUCCUGUGGGUGGUUUCAUCGUGACCUGAGUGGGCUGGAAGCUGAAGCCUUACUGAAGGGACGAGGUGUCCAUGGGAGCUUUCUAGCCAGACCCAGUCGGAAAAAUCAGGGGGAUUUUUCCCUUUCAGUUCGGGUUGGUGACCAGGUAACCCACAUCCGCAUCCAGAAUACUGGGGAUUUCUAUGACCUGUAUGGAGGGGAGAAGUUUGCCACAUUGUCAGAACUGGUGGAGUACUAUACACAGCAACAGGGCUCACUGCAGGACAAAGAUGGAACCAUCAUCGACCUGCGAUACCCGCUCAACUGCUCUGACCCCACUACAGAGAGAUGGUACCAUGGGCAUCUGUCAGGCGCUGCAGCUGAGUCACUUCUCCAGGUCAAAGCCACACCUUGGACCUUCUUGGUGCGGGAGAGCCUCAGCAAACCUGGGGAUUUCGUCUUGUCUGUCCUGACUGACCAACUUAAACCUGGGUCUGAUGCUCCAUCAGCUGGGGCAAGCAGCGCCUCCGGGGCCCGUCUCAAAGUCACCCACGUGAAAAUCAUGUGUGAGAAUGGACGUUAUACAGUUGGAGGUGCUGAAAAGUUUGACAGCUUGGCAGAUCUGGUGGAGCACUUCAAGAAGACUGGAAUUGAGGAAGUGUCUGGCUCCUUUGUAUACCUGAAGCAGCCCUACUAUGCUACAAGGGUGAACGCUGCUGACAUUGAGAAUAGAGUGCACGAACUGAACAAGAAGAGUGUAUCUGAAGAAACAUCCAAGGCUGGAUUCUGGGAGGAAUUUGAUAGCCUGCAAAAACAGGAAGCCAAGCAGCUGUUUGACCGUCAUGAGGGCCAGAGACCUGAAAACAAGAGCAAGAAUCGAUACAAGAACAUCUUGCCCUUUGAUCACUCUAGAGUCAUCCUCCAAGGAAGGGACCCAAAUAUCCCCGGAUCUGACUAUAUCAAUGCCAACUACGUCAAGAACAAUCUGAUCAGCCCAGACGACUGCACCAAGACCUACAUCGCUAGCCAGGGCUGCCUGGAUGCCACAGUCAAUGACUUCUGGCAAAUGGUGUGGCAGGAGAACACACGCAUUAUUGUGAUGACCACGCGGGAGGUAGAAAAAGGGCGGAAUAAAUGCGUGCCCUACUGGCCAGAGGUGGGCAGCACAAAAGAAUAUGGUCCCUACCUUGUGGAGAACACUGGGGAGCACGAUGCACUGGAAUACAAACUCCGUCACCUCUGUGUGUGUCCAAAGAACAACGGUGACGCUGUGCGUGAGAUCUGGCACUACCAGUACCUGAGCUGGCCUGACCACGGUGUCCCCAGUGAGCCAGGAGGAGUGCUGAGCUUCCUCGACCAAAUAAACCAGAAACAGGAGAGCAUCCCAGCUGCUGGGCCUAUUCUGGUGCAUUGCAGUGCUGGGAUUGGCCGCACGGGGACUAUCAUCGUCAUUGAUAUGAUAGUGGAAACAAUCUCCACCAAGGGACUGGACUGUGACAUUGACAUCCAGAAGACCAUCCAGAUGGUGAGGUCCCAACGCUCAGGGAUGGUGCAGACAGAGGCCCAGUACAAGUUCAUCUACAUGGCCAUCUGCCAGUUCAUAGAGACAACCAAGAAAAAGCUGGAGGUUAUCCAGUCUCAGAAAAGCAAGCAAAAUGAGUCUGAGUAUGGGAAUAUUGCCUACCCGCCUGCAAUGAAGAAUGCGCAUGCCAAGGCCUCAAGAAAAUCCUCCAAGCAGAAAGAGGAGUCAACAGUUUAUGAGAACUUGGGCAAAAAAGAGGAGAAAGUACGGAAACAGCUCUCCUCAGACAAGAAGCUGAAAGGCUCGCUAAAGAAAAAAUAA